CGCCACGGCGAAAUGUCAAAUUUAGUGGAAUUUCCCGCGCGCUGCAUGUAUCGCUAGGUCGCUGUGGUUUUUCUUAAUUUUCUUUGUGAAAUAUUUCAAAAUCCAAGAUGAUAUCUACAGAAGAUCUUUCCCGAGAAUUCGAUGAACUUGGAAUUGAGCCAAGCACAGAGGUUCUAGCUAAAUGUAUCGAAAUCUGUGAAAAUCACAAUAUUCAGGAUGCUGUUGAAUUUGUGGAACUGUGGAUGGCAUUCAGUAUUUCCUGUCUUGGUGGUGCUGAGCCAAGUGUGGCCAAGUUGGGAGAAUUUGAGAGAAAGGAAAUAGUGGGCAAAAAAGUAUUGCAGAAAGACGCCUCGCGGAAAAAAUUGGAGUCCAUAUCAAGUCCGGGAGGAGAUUUGCUCAAGAUCUACAGUGGAUCGGCUACAGAAAAGCCUCGUGAGAAGGUUCUGGACACAUAUUCAUGCUACAGUCCUCAGCCUCAUCAAACGCAAGCAAAAACACGCCCUGGAACUGUUGAAGUCAAUUUUAGUCCUGUGAGUUACUCACCUUUGACAUCUUCAAAAGAUAAAACUUCUGAUGAUAAAUCAGGAAAAAUUAUUUACACAUUCGGAUCACCUCAAUUACUUCAGUCAAUCACAUGGGAAUCUUCAGAGCCUACUCAAAUCACUAUCCAUCAAAUUCCCCUCAAUAUUCAGGAAGAAGUGCUGGAAACUGAAGAACGGUACAUGUAUGACAGCGUUACAGAAAAAAGCUGGUUAGCUGGUGAGCGUUUUGAUGAUAUAGCUUCAGGAAUUUGCAGCAGAGCCUUUACUGAAGAUGUGGAUGAGACUGGAACUGACGGAUCUUACGAAGGACAGGAAUAUGAUAAACUUAGCCAAGUAGAUCACCACAGUCAGGAAGUCGUUCGGUGUGUAGGAAGAAUCUCCUACGAGAGCACAUCUAAUCGAUUAUCUGCGAAUUCCACUGUGCUAGUCGGAAAUUCCAAAGACAAAAUGAGCAUUGUUUCCCUCAAUUUUAGUCGAAUUCCUUCAGUUGCCGUCUUUCCGGGGCAAAUUGUCCUGGCCAAAGGUAUGAAUCCCACUGGAGGGACACUUUUCCUAAGGCAAAUUUUUACAGAACGCUAUUGGAGCCCACCUAGAGCACCAUCGCAGCUUCAUAAACCCUUAAGAUUACUUAUUGCCGCUGGACCUUUUGCUGAGAACAACGAUCUGGUUUGUGAACCACUGCAAGAUCUCAUGAUGCAAUGCAAGCAAACUAGACCAAAUGUACUCAUCCUUAUUGGGCCUUUUGUCGAUAUCAAUAAUUCGUGCAUUGCAGAUGGAGUUUUGGCAGAAUCAUUUGAUUCUUUCUUCCAGAAGCUCAUUAAUGGUGUAGUUUCUUCAGUUGGAGAUGAGGUUGAAAUCCUUGUGAUUUCCUCCCAGAGAGACGCGCAUAGUACAAUGGUAUACCCAACGCAUCCCUACAGUAUUCCCAACAAACCAAAGAAUGUGACUUUUUUGCCGGAUCCAAGCUUCGUUGAGAUUUCCGGAGUGAAAUUCGGCAUCACGGCCACAGAUAUUAUUGGUCAUAUUGCAGAGGAGGAAUUUACUAAGAAUGUUACUGUGGAUAAAGUGAAAAGAAUUGUGGGCUAUCUUAUCAAUCAGAAGUCAUUUUAUCCUCUAGAUCCACCAGCUCAUGGAGUCAAUUUGGACACAAAGUUAGCCCACAAAUUUGCUAGACUUAGCAGUGUGCCGAAUGUCUUCAUACUGCCCAGCAGUCUCAAGUGUUUCGUUCGAGAUAUCAACGGAACUUUAGCAAUCAAUCCAGGACGUGUUGUUGAGGCCAACCGGGGUACUUUUGCUCGACUUGUUAUUACUCCAUCAUUUGAAGGAAUGAAUCCCAGCGAAUUUAUGGCGUGCAGAAUCAUGAAAGUCUGAAUUUCAGUUUAUUCAUUUUUUUUCCUGUAACCAAUUUUAUGUACAGAAAUAUAAAUGACUUUAGAAUCUAA